AUGCCAUCCGAUGCAAAAAAGAAACGUGAUUUGCAAAAGAAAGCUGCAGCCAAGCAACGACAAGCUCCAACAAAGAAAUCAACAACGAACAACAAUGAAGCAGCUAAUGGCAAUGACGACGACAUCAAUGACGAUAUCGAUGAUGUUGAAACUCAAAAUGAAAAUGAAAAUGAAAAUGAAAAUGAAAAUGAAAAUCCAACAAAUGGCGCUACAAAUGGAACAGAUCCCAGUGUUAAAUCUUUGAUACAAAAUCUUGAUUUGUUAACUAUGGUAGAAAAAGCCAAUGCUGAAGCAAGAUCUUGCACUGGUGUAUUGGGAAGUCAUCCUCGUGGUCGUGAUGUUCAUAUUCAUCAAUUUUCAGUCAAUUUUUAUGGACAAGAAAUUCUAGUCGAUACAGAUUUCGAAAUGAAUUGUGGUCGACGAUAUGGUCUCGUUGGUUUGAAUGGAUCAGGAAAAUCAACAAUUCUUGCGUGUAUUGGAAAUAGAGAGGUACCAAUUCCCGAACACAUCGAUAUAUUUUAUCUGUCUCGUGAAAUGGCACCUGUCGAUAAAACUGCGUUGGAAUGCGUCAUGGAAGUUGAUCAUGAACGAAUUAAACUCGAAGCUGAAGCUGAACGAUUAGCAACGAGUAACGACGAUGGUAAGUGA